AGUUUGAAAAUUCCGCGCUCACGAAUCUGAAUCCCCCCGAGAGAGCGAGAAUUAGUUAGCUCGGCGGAAGUUGCGUGGUUCCCAGCAGUCCGUCACCGCAUUCCCAUUUAUAUUUCUGUCACCCCACCAAAACACGAUCGAACCAACAUGGCGGAGGGCGCCGAGAGCGCAGAGCUCCGCACCGAACACGAGCGCAUUUUGAAGGAGAUAGAAAGCUCCGAGCCCGGGCUGGUAGGCGGGAUACUGAGAGCUGUCUAUGACAAUGAGGGCCACGAGACGUUCCUGGAGAAACUGAACACGAGAAUACGCAGCCAUGACCGUGACAUUGAGCGCAUGUGUAACCACCAUUACCAGGGCUUCAUCGACUCCAUCACUGAACUGCUCAAAGUUCGCUCCGAGGCAGUCAAGUUACAGAGUUUGGUGACAGAGAGCAAUGCAGCCUUACAAGAAUCAUCGAAAGAGCUGGUGAAGAAAAGUGAGGAGCUCCUUCAGUGCAGGAGAAUCCAGAAGAACAUCACGUCUGCCACAGAGAGCCUGUCCCUCUGUCUGCCUGUCCUGGAGAUGUACAUCAAACUCAAGGAACAGAUGGACCAGAAAAGAUACUACCCAGCCUUGAAGACUCUUGAACAGCUAGAACACACAUACUUACCAAGAGUAAGCAGGUAUCGAUUCUCAAAAAUAAUGGCAGAUGCCAUUCCGAGAUUGAGAGAAAGCAUCAAAGAUGCGUCCAUGUCAGACCUGAAGGAUUUCCUAGAGAGUAUCCGUAAGCACUCAGAGAGGAUAGGGGAGCAUGCCAUGAGCCAUGCGCUUAAGCAGAAGGACCUGGACAGAGUUCUUGUGAGGAAGUACCUAAUGAAAAAAUCAGGCAACAAGAAAGUGCAGGAGGAGAAGAAGGAGGCAGAGGAUGAGACAAACCCCUUCGGCGAGGAUGAUGAAGAAGAUGAUGAUGAUGAUGAAGAUGAGGAUGAGGAGAGGAGUGCACAAGACAUGAUCGACUUUUCCCCAGUCUACAGAUGUAUGCAUAUCUACUCAGUGCUGGGAGCCAGAGAGCAGUUUGAAAAUUACUAUAGAAAACAGAGAAGAAAACAAGCCAGGCUGGCACUUCAACCUCAGUCCAACAUGCAUGAAACAUUGCAAGGUUACAAGAGUUACUUCCACCAGAUAAUAGGGUUCUUUGUAGUGGAAGACACAGUGAUGAACACCACCCAGGGCCUGGUGUCCAGACAGUUCAUGGAUGAGCUGUGGGACAUGGCUCUCUCCAAAAUCAUCGCCGUCCUCAGGACUCACUCCGCAUACUGCACUGAUGCAACACUGAUGCUGGAAAUCAAGAACCUCAUAGUGCUCUUCUCAGAUACAUUAGCGGGUUACGGCUUCCCUGUGUCCCAACUGUACGACCUACUCAUGGAAAUCAGGGACCAGUACAACGAGAUCCUCAUGAAGAGAUGGCUGCAGAUAUUCAGAGAGAUCUUGGAGUCAGACACGUGUGCGCCCCUCUAUGUCACUGAUAAAGAAGAGUACAGUGAGAUCAUCCGCAGUUUUCCCUAUCAGGAUGAGGCCCUGGAAAAGGAGGACUUCCCAAAGAGGUUCCCGUUCUCAGGGUCUGUACCUCAGGUGUACAAGCAGAUUAAGGAGUUUGCCUAUGCCUGUAUCAAGUUCUCAGAAGAUCUCAACUUAAGUCACACAGAGAUAGACGACAUGGUGAGGAAGUCCACCAACCUGCUGCUGACCAGGACACUGAGCGGCUGCCUCACCUCACACAUCAAGAAACAGACCCUGGGGAUGGCAGAGCUGGUUCAGAUCUCCAUCAACACGACCCACCUGGAGACAGCCUGUGUGUACCUGGAGGAUUUCAUCUCCAACAUGACCGGGGCGGUCGGCGACAGUGUGCACACAGCCAGGCUGCAGGGAACUAAUACAUUCAAGGACACGAGACAAGAAGCUGAGAGUCAGAUCUACUCCAAACUCAACACCAAGAUUGACGAGUUCCUGGAUCUAGCCUGCUACAACUGGACCUUACAAGAGCCCCGUGGCCAUGCCAGUGGAUAUCUGAUGGACCUGAUUGCCUUCCUGCAGAGCACGUUUGCUGUCUUCACCAACCUUCCUGGAAAAGUGGCCCAGACCGCCUGCAUGUCGGCCUGUAAACACCUGGCCUCCUCCCUCAUGACCUUCCUACUGGACAACGAGGUCAGACAGGUCAGCAUGGGGGCACUGCAGCAGUUCAACCUGGACGUCAUCCAGUGUGAACAGUUUGUGGACUCGGAGCCAGUGCCAGGUUUUAAGGAUGGUGCUUUACAGAUGACAUUUGUUGAACUUCGACAGUUGUUAGACUUGUUCAUGGCAUGGGACUGGUCCCUGUACCUGUCAGACUACGGCCAGGAGAGGAACAAGUAUGUCAGAGUACACCCCUCCACAGCCAUCACCAUCCUAGAGAAAAUGAGAGAGGCUGACAAGAAGAAGAAUCUGUUCUCACUGAAGAAGAAUGAGAGAGACAGAAGGAAGCUGCUAGACGCUGUCCUGAAGCAGCUGCGACAACUUGUGAACGGGGGCAGCAACCGAAUACAAGAGUAGUCAGGAUGCUGUAUGAUACACAGUGGGCACAGGGUGGGGAGGGGGGUGGAGAUACCCUCUACUGAAAGAGGUAGAAAAAGUAGCUUCUCAUUGAAAUGUAGGCCAAGGGGUGAAAAUCGAUUGGGUAGUAUGUGAAUAGGAUUGCUUGAAAAGCUAAUAAUUCUUGAACUGUACAUAUUGUAGUGCCUCAAUUAUGCAUUGUCAAAUGAGAGAUGGCAAAGAUUGCUGAAGAGAAUGGUAUGUUUUGCUAAUGGGUUUUCAUUUUAGUGCAAGCUAAUGGUAUGAUACUAUCAUUUAUACUAUCUCUGUCUCUUAUUUGCUUCAUGUAGACACGAGAAGGCAUGUUUACAAUUACGAAGACAAAGAGAAGGAGGCUGUAUGUCCCUAUCUAAAGAAGGUGAAUGUACCGGUAAACAAUGACUUUCCAUCCUGACUUGUCCUACCUACUCUCAGCUCUCUAGAAGCUCUCCCACAUGUCCUGCUGAUAGCAAAAGCCUUGCAAAGUUUGUUUUAUGUAAGGUAGUUGGUCUGAGGUGAGGUGAGGUGGGUUUGAAGCUAUUUUUAACAGUGUUUGCUCAUAAUAAUAUCCUAGCUGCAACUCUACCUAAGUGCAAGAGUGACUCUACAUGUAUUACUUCUUUGGCUAGUUUGCUUUUACAGCCAUAAUAGACAAUGAGAAUUUGCUUGGGACAUGCAAACAGGGUGCAGGUAUGUGAAUGAAAUCUAAUGGGAAUAAUAGCCAAUAGGAGUGAUGGGGCAUGUGCAAAAUAUUAGACGUUAGUGCGUUAUAGAAAAUGUAUGAUGCAGCAAGAAGAACUACUUGUAGAUUAUAGUGAAAAUGCUAUCCGACCAUCUUGUUCCAAAGCCUUGCAAUUGCUAUGAUCAGGCAGUGCUUUUGCUGAGCCUGUCCAGGAAUCUUUAUGCCCAUGCACACGUUAGUUCAAAAUUAAUGGGAACAAAAAAGAAAGAUUGUUAAGAAUGAUAGGCUGCAAUGCAUAUGUAGUACCGGCUAGAUGCACGGCACAAGCAAUGUGUAAGAUAGGUAUGGAUGAAAUUGUCCGAGCCAAUUUAAAGGUGUCCAGCAGAUGUACAGAGAAGUAGUUGUAAUGUAAGGUUGCUCAUGAUGUGACCAUUUUAUAUAAGCCAUUAUAUAUUAUGAGCCAUUUUCAGAUCCACUGUCUAUGCACAUGUUGUAGCUUGCCAAUCAUGAUACUGCUGCAGUCACAAACGCAUGUUUAUCAAGAAGGAUACUUUUUAAUCUGAAAUUGUUAAUGAUCAUGGUGUAGCCAGUUGCAAAAUUAGGCCAAGCAUAUUUUAUUGUAUGAGAUGAACAAAAUGUACAUUGUAUGAAAGCUGAGAAGGCCAUGCUUGUUCAGGCUGAAAGUAUACACUGCUACUAGUUGAGAUAUAUUGGGAAUGUUUUAAUGCCAUAGACAAUUCAAUUCAGCAGACACAUUAUAUUACUAGGUACAUGUACAUCAGUAUAUAUUUAGCAAGAUAUGUAUGCUGUCUUCAAAUUCCAGACAUUUUGAAGGUUGCAAAUUCAACAUUUUGUUGUCAUUUUUUUUUCAAUUUCUAGCAUAGUAAAACAACAAGGGUUUACAUGUAUAUUUGAUAUGAACAUUAACUUAGGAUAGGCUGUUUUGAUCAUGCCAACACUAGCUGUGAAUUAAUUUUGAGAAACAAAAUCAAUGUCUCAGUCAAAGGAGAGGUCAGCAAAGGUACAUGCCGUGGUAAAAGUAUGACAAACUUAGCAUUGUUUUAUGGUAGCUAUUUUUAUGUCUCUUCAAAGUCCUUGCUGCAGCUACACUAUGCAAAGACUUCUGUCAUAAUUUCAAUAUAAGUCCUUAUUUCCCUCUAUAAUAUAUGUUAGAUUCUUCUCAACAUAGCUUGUUGGCAGCUGAAAGCAUCUUUAUACUAAAGUCUUCAAAUUGUUAUAAAGGAUGACCAUAGUGCAAUCUAGUGCAAUUCACUACUUGUAUGUUUAAAUGCAAUUGAGCAGGUUUUUGCUUUCAUGUUUGAAUGAAAACACCAUGACACACUGUGUUUUGUUUGAUAUAUGCAUGAAGAAAUGACCUGUGGAUACAGGAACAUGGAUACUGAAGUUUCUAAGAGUGCUUUGUCAGGAUAAAUGUCCUCUGAUGGCUGUAACAUUUCGUUACUAGGCUAAUGACAAUGGACAUGAUUCUGUCUAUGCCACACAGGUGUGAACUAAGAUGGGGAAAUAGUCUGUUUUAGGAGUAGAGGAGAGAAACUGCAUGGAUUGUAUAUGUUGCAGCCAUAAUCAAUUACAUAUAUGAAUGAUGUUAUGCUGGUUUAACAUAUACAUGUGUACAUGUACACGUAGAUGAGGGAUAUGCAGGGAAACUAGGUAUCAACCAUUGUGUAUUCAUGCACAAUCUGAUACAGAAAUAAUAACCAUCUAUCCAAUCAUAACACUGUAUGCACUAGUGAUGAUACAUUGUCCAUGUACAAUGUAUAGCCUUGGGUGGAGUUACAGACAUGUCACAGUUAUCUUCAAAUUAAGGAUUUUGUUAUCACCACCUCCUCCCCUAUGGCUUAUACUGACAUAUGCAUUGCCUCAUCACCAAGGGAAUAUUUACAAUGUUAUACUUGUACCAGUUACUUUUGAGAAUUUUGCUUUCCAGUAUCUCUUCCUUGUACCUCUCUCUCCAUGGUAAUAUUGUACGGUGUAACAAACUGUCAGAAGUUAGGUAGCUAUAUACAAUGUAUUGCAGGAUGUCCUGUUUGCUAGGCUACACACGAUGUGCUUUGUAGGAUCACAAGUGGUCUACACGGAGAGUCAACGAUAAUCUCUCUUUACAAGUAACAUACUGUAAGAAAUUUUGUCAUUACACUGUUGCAGUGAGAUGAUUAAAUUUUCACCAUGA